AACAACAAACUUAACUUUAGACCUUAGACCUUAGACCUUAGUUAGACCACCCCUUCUUGUCUGGUUUCCCGCGUCGCAUAACUAAAUGUUCCUUUGCCGUUCCCAUCUUUACAUGAAUUGAAUUGAACUAAAUUCAAUUUUCACUUCAACAACAAAACUUACUUUACUCUUAGAGAGUCAUUCCAUAAAGAUUUCAACAUCAACAUCAACAUCAACAUCAACAUCAACAUCAACAUCAACAUCAACAUCAUCAUCAUCAUCAUCAUCAUCAUCAUCUCAUCGUCAUUCCUCCCUUAAACCAAGCUACCUUUUCAAAACAACAAACAUUAUACUGUUCUAAAUCAGCAACCAUGGGUUACGAUACUCGUCGAAAGCAAGUGAAUUGGGUAGCUCUAGGAAUAGAGUUGCCACAAACUCAUGCCGAAAAAGCGGCCGCACGACUUUCACCGCCUUCAAUAGCGACGUCGACAUCAGAACAGCAUAUUUCGAAAAAGUCAAAACGAGCGCGCCGAGAUUCUUGUUCAUUAUCACCGCCACCCAAACGUAUUUAUACCGCACCUAAAGAUAUAAAUACCCCGCCACUUUCACCACCAGCCGAGAUUCAUGAAUUCGAAAAUCACCACGACGAGGGGAUGGAGAAGGAAUUUAAACGUGGGGAAGGGAAGGAUGAGAAAGUUGAAAUUGAAGAAAUUGACUUGGCCGAAGUAAAGGAUGAAAUUGUUGAAGGAGUGAUCAUUCAAUUACAAAAAACUGCCAAUAGGCCUCAUUUGGUUAAGGAACUUGCUGCCAUUUUGUCCCCUACCGUUAGAAUCGUGGAACAGUAAGUUCAAACUAGUCCCGGUUCACCCUCUCAAUCAUCAUAAGUAUGAAACUAAUGAAAAAUUAGAUCUGCCAACCCAUGCGCAAUCAUUUCCUCUCGAUUAUCUAACUAUUUAAAACGAUCAUGGACUGCGUCAUCACCUUGUCCUGUGGGCAAAGAGUUGGAAACUGUACAUCCAAGAAGAACAUACUUUUAUUUGACAACUUAUCCACAUCAACCAAUUCCUGAUCCAUCACAAUUACCUCAACGUACGAUUAUCACUCCUUCCAUAUCAAGUGCGGACUCAGUAGCCGAUGAACCAGAUCGAAGUCGAUGUGAUUCACCUGAGGUUGACCUAUCCUCUGAGGAAUAUGAUGAUGACGAUUCGGUUAUACCUCCAACUUCACCUGGUUCGUUUUCCGGUCGAUUCGAACGUCCCGUAAGGAAUAACCGUGCUUCGUCUGUGGGUCUCGAAAAGGAUGAGAAAGAAUUCACUCAAACAGCUCGUGGAAUGCAAAAACGAAGAUUCAGUGGCGAACCACCAUCAAAACCAUUUGAUAUUACCGAUAUGCCAUCAAAUAUUUCAAAUACUCCUAUGAAAUCCGUUGAAUCAGACCCGUUUUUCGGAGAAAGUCGAGGAUUAACAGUGUCGAACACGACGGGUUUUAUGAAUAGCCCCGCUAUGAAACCUGUUUUCGUGUCGAAAAAAUCUUGGGAUUCUACUCUAGAAACUUCUCAUACGAAUUGGACGCCAGCGAAGAUCGAAACGUUAGAUUGGGAUACAAGAAAUCCGGAAAACGUCGAGUUGGAUGAAUUAGAUGGUAUGCUUGAUGGAUAUUAAAUUCCUCUUAAACUUCCAUAUUUACGAUUAUACGCAUAUGAAAGAUUCUACCAGUGUUGGGAUCAGGAAUCUUUUGAUUCCAUUGUACAAAUAGGUGUUUUUUUUCACUCUUCAAGAUUUCUAUUAGGGGAGUUGUACGAUUUAUUUAUUAGAAGAAAUGGAAAGAUGGACGAAUGAAUUGGAAAACACGAGACAAAAGGAAAAAUAAAAGAAAUGUGAUCCUGGGGAUCAUAGGAUAUUUUUGGAGGUACUCUCGUUUUAACCCAUACCUCAUUGCCAAGUCUGAUAUUUUCUGCGAUGGUGUUUGGGAUGGAGUUUUUUUUUUACUUAUGCGUCACGUCUUUAUUUGGGGCUUUUUUGGGAAACACAACUUUCAUGACUUGAGAUGAUGAGAGAUAGAAUGGAUUCGGAAUACUUUCGUUACCCACAGCUGAUGGAGUCAAGAGUCAAGAACCUUCUAUCUAUAAGAUUGAAUGGGGUAGGAGGGGCUUUGCCAAAGGGUUUCGAGGAUUAGAAAUGUGGAAUCACGAUCAUAACAUGUUACUCUUACACGUUGAUGAGAUGCUUGAUUGGAUGGGUGUCUACUUUUUCUCCGUGUGAAAUCGAGAUAAGAGGUAGAGGUACCUGGUGCGUGGUGUGCAGCGAUGAACUUAGAUUUCGGUGAACGGACGGACGGACGGAUGGAUGGAUGGAUGGAUGGAUGAGAAACUCGAAAAAUACAAUAUGCUUGCUUGACUUGGCUUAGAUGAAAGAUAGCUGUGUAUGUACAGUACUAGACAAAAAAUAAAGAUCAUUUCGUGCAUUUGCAUUAAAAAAAACU